AGCCAGUAAGCAGCAGGUAAACAAACCUAUCUCACUGGGACGAGGAGCCAAACAAGGCGUAUGCGCUGUCUUACCGUCUUGCAUUUUUAAUGGCGAGGAGGAUGAAAGUCGAAAAAGAGACACAAUUUCGCUGUCAGCAAUUCAUUCAAAAUAAUCGCUGAAUUGUGUUGAAACGGAUAGGCGAGUCGACGGCAAAAAGAGGGACGCGUUUAACCGACGACUGUCGCUACCGGACAUCUGCGCAUGAUGCAUUGCACCACUUUUGAGAAAAUGGGUGUUUUUAGCCUCAUCCUCAGAAUAGAGUACAUGAUCCGAGAUGUCGGUUGGGUUCUUUAGCUACCGUGUCAUUUCAUUGUGUUGGAUUCAGAACAACAUCCCCUCUGGAGACCUGCAACAUGGGGCCCAUCAUGCAGGAGCGCACAGCAUCCACGACACUGAAACGCGUCGUCUCCAAAGAGAAGAUUCGGGUAAAAUAUACUGAAAACAACGGACCUGUAACCAGUUCAAAGAAAGGUAACAAGAUGAAGAAAGCAGUGGGCCAGAUGAAAAAUGGUCUCCCAGGACCAGGUCAGGAUAAGGACACAGUUACAACAGUGCAGAAGGGUGCACAGUCAAAAGGUGGCAGGGUCAAAUUUAGCGCUACACGCAAUACAAGCAAACUCUCCAGCCCGGAAGGAGGAGAUUUGAGGCCUCAAGUCCGCAAACAUUUAUCUGUACACGGGAAAGAGGAGCAACUGGAAAAUCAACGGAUAUCACAGUGCGGCAACGAGCUACACCAGAAUCGUGGGGGGAUGGGGAAAAAUCGCCGAGCUCUCUCCCUGCCUCUCUCCCCAAUAUCUGGGCUACGACACAUGCCGGCACACCCCCUAACACACUCCCCCACCCCUGAGGCACUACAGCGGCACUACAACCAGAAGGAUGAAGACACCGACAGCGCCAGUGAUCUGUCUGAUUCUGAGAGGCUGCCUGUACUGCCCUCUCCCUGUACCCCUUGCACUCCUCCUCACCUCAACCUCCGGGCCGAGGUCAUCAACACUAAUGACUUUCCCCCGGACUUCCCUGGACCACAUGGGGCUGUGGGUGAUGAAGAUGAGAGUGAAAAACCCAGCUACAGUUACCCAGACUUUCUGCCUCCUCCCUUUAACAGCUGGAGCCUGAGACAGCUGGCGGUGUUUCUUCAUACGGAGGGCCGUGGCGCCCCCGGCCCAAGCCUGUGGGACCUAGAGAAGUACCUGGAGAGGCUGCUGCAACUGGAGUGGCUCCAGAUCCAAACAGUGCAAGCAGAGAGCAGCCGUCCGCCCGGCAGCCGUACAAGGCCUCAGAGCUUCCCCUCUGCCACCACCGCUCACCAGCCCAGGCCUCACACAGCUCCACCAUCCCGACUCAACUCCCCUAAAGGGCAGCGGCAAAGCCAGCGGGCCUUCCCAUUUACACCUGUCAACAACCCCCCAUCACCCGCCUCAGUCCAGCAACAGCAUACCCGCUUUCCAGUGUGCCCUCACUGUCACAUUCGCUACCCAUUGUGCAAUGGAAGUUGCUCCGCCUAUGCCUACCAGCGCCACUCAAGGCUCAGCCCACUGCUUGAGCGCAGAGCCAAACCUGGAGCACCGGCGAAGAGGAGCAGCAGUGAGACCCGAGCAACCUCAACAGAAGGUAGGAGCCCAGGAGGACAAGGUGGAGGACAAGGCGGAGGAGGAGCCCAGACCCCAGUUAGCCCCUCAGCUGGAAGGAGUCAUCUCAAACAAAUGCAGGCUUCAGGCAAUGCCCGUAAGCAAACCCAGGAAUCAGGAACUAACACAAACACCCGUGGUCAGGUGAGGAAAAGCCGGGUUCGAGCUAACUCCGAGACAGAUAUAAAAAAAGAGCCUUGUGGCAGUAAAACAGCUGGUGCAGAGAAACGUGUUUUUGCUGCGAAUAAGAAAGAGGUCAUCACCUCCAAGAGAGUAGAGAAGGACUGGCAGAGGAAUGAAGCCGGAGGUCAGGCCUCUAAAACUGCUGUGAAAAGAGCUGCUAAAGAGCCACAGUCUCUCUUCAAAGCUCCGCCUAUUAGUAAGCAGAAUGGCAAAACAAAAAAUGUGCACUUUGUUGCAAAGUAACGCAUAUAAACCUACAGUACAGUGCUAUAAUUAGUGGUUACUUGGUGCAGGAACUUAAAGCUAUGCUUGCUUUCUGUGUAAUCUGUGUAAUACUAACAUGUUGUAACUGUCGUACAGCAGUCUGAGUCAGUCAGUGAUGUACAUCCUUCUAUAGGUAAAAACUAACAAGAAGUCGUGCAGCUAGAAUAGAGAUAAAACAGCAAUGAAUUAAAAAAGCAUAAGGACACUUGAAUAGAACAGAAUUAUACACACUGUAUUUCAUUCAAAAUGCACAGAAAGUAUACAAUCAUAAUGUUAGUUGUGUUUUGACAGAAGGCUCAUUAUGAUCGAAAGCACUACUAGGAUAUUAAAAAUACAGCUUUUAUGUAAACUGAAUUCUGCUGCACUGCACAUCAUCAUCUCUCAAUAUACUGCUAAUGUUGAAAUAGGUAUAAAAUAAGCAUCUACUCUACCAUUGGUCAGCUCUCAGCACAAGUAAUCCAUAGUGAAGUUUAACACAGAUCAUUACAUUUAGGAAAUCAAAUACGACCAUAGCCGUUACUAGUGGAGUUUGUGAUGUUGGAAUGUAUUUGUUUUGAAUUAUUUUACUUAACUUGAUGUUGCAUUUUCUUUUCUUUGGUGUGUCAUUUUUUUUUUAUAAAUAUAAAUUCAAUUAAAGCAUUUUAGGCUGAAAAGGAGGCACAAUGAGUGGUGGUGUACCACAGUGAUGUAAUUUGUCAUAUUUGUGCAAUGGUUUAAGAUUUUUGGUUACAAGGGCUUUUCAUGUUUGAACAGCUUGAAUUGUAGUCUAUGAUAAUAUAUUGUAUUUUGCAUAGAGCUGAGCUCUUUCUAUCAUUGAAGACGGUGUAAUGUUUGCUACGAAUGUAAAUGCAUAUUUUUCCAAAUUUUAUAUACCAUAGUUAUAUUUAUGAAAGGUGUUGUAGUUGACCUGUACUCAUCAUUGUCAUUAUUUUGUUUACAUUGUCCUGCACAAAAAGAAAAUAUUUAGUCAAAGAGCUGAAUGUAACUUGGUGUCUAUGGCAUUGGUCAUCCCUGUGAUUCAAUGGAAUUUCUACACAUCAUAGCUGUUAUGCUGUAUCAUGGUUGUGUUAUACAUAUCAUGUCCAUAUCACACUACAUACUUGAAGUCUGUAGAACACUGUGUUUACAUUAGUGUGUCUUAUCUGUUGGUUGUGAUUUACCAUGUGCUCUUUACUUAAACUCAUGUAAAGUAUUAAAGCCAUAGAUAUGAGGCCAGGAGGGACAAUAUUAUUAUAAAUGUGUACAUUACGUUGACAUGCACGCAGAAAGAUUGUGGUAUGUAUUUUCUCAAUGCUGAAUGCAAGUAUUUGUAAGGCAUAGAAAUAAAUGUUUUGCACUCAACGGAUAUUGAUUCACCGGCCUUUCUUUGGAACACAUUACGAAAUGACCUGUCCCUGUUUCUGAGACCUUGCUAAAAUCCCAAACUUAACCAGCCUUAACUCUGCGAUUGAAAGAAUUACAAGUUUUGCCGUCGUUUUAGGAAAAUGUCAUUUUCAUUCAGUUGCAUGUCCAAAUGUCAACCUAAGUGCCUGGAAUAUGAUCAGAGAAUCACAGAAAGCUAAUUUUGAAUAAA